AUGUCAUAUCCAGUUGUGGUCAUUGACAAUGGGACGGGGUACACCAAGAUGGGCUACGCGGGCAACGAGGAGCCGACUUACAUCAUGCCCACCAUCUACGCCGACAACGGGACGGUGCGGCGCCGCUCCAACGAUGUCUUCGAUGACCUUGAGUUCUUCGUGGGCGAGGAGGCGGCCGCACGGGCAGGGUCGUGCAGCGUAUCGUAUCCAAUCAAGCACGGCAUCGUCGAGGACUGGGACAAGAUGGAGCGGAUGUGGCAGCACUGUAUCUACAAGUACCUACGCGUAGAACCGGAGGAGCAUGGCUUUAUUCUCACGGAGCCACCCGCAAACCCACCCGAGAACCGUGAGUACACCGCGGAGGUGAUGUUCGAGACGUUUGGCGUGAAGCAGCUGCACAUCGCUGUGCAAGGAACCCUCGCUCUGCGGGCCUCGUGGACCUCGGGGAAGGCGCAGGAACUCGGUGUUGCUGGGAAAGACACCGGCCUUGUCAUUGACUCCGGUGCAGGCGUGACGCACAUCAUUCCUAUUGUUGACGGUUUCGUGAUGAACCACGCAAUUCGCCAUAUCCCUCUUGCUGGGCGUGACGUCACGAACUUCGUGCUGGAGCGGCUGCGUGAGCGGGGUGAACCGGUGCCGCCCGAUGACGCGUUGCUGCUGGCCCAACGCAUCAAGGAAAAGUACUGCUACAUUGCACGCGACAUCGCAAGGGAGUUUGACGCUUACGAUCACGACCUCCCCAACCACAUCACAAAACACCAUGACGUAAGCAGCAAAACAGGACAGCCGUACACGGUGGACGUUGGCUACGAGAAGUUCUUAGGCCCGGAAAUAUUUUUCCACCCGGAAAUCUUCAGCAGCGACUGGACAACGCCGCUACCUGAGGUGGUUGAUCAGGCGAUAUGGUCGUGCCCCAUCGACUGCCGGCGUCCGCUCUACCGCAACGUGGUGCUCUCUGGCGGAACGACGAUGUUUCCGAAGUUCGGUAAGCGCCUGCAGAAGGGGCUGUGUGCUAUUGUCGACCAUCGCGCCCGGAAACACAUGGCGGCGUCAGGAGAUCCUAACCGGCACAUCAGCUAUGAAGUGAAUGUAGUGUCGCACGAGCGGCAACGGUACGCGGUUUGGUACGGUGGCAGUGUACUUGGGUCCAGCCCGGAGUUUGCCACGAUCGCCAAGACAAGGCAGCAGUAUGAAGAGUACGGGCCGUACAUUUGCCGGCAAAACAACAUGUUUCACUCUGUGUUUGAAUAG